UAUUUAAGGUGCCCAUGUAGGAAUCACCUGGAGAUCUUGUUAAAAUGCAGAUACUGAUUCAGCAGAUCUGAGGUGGUGCGUUUCUAACACGUUCCCAGAGGAUGCAGAUGCCGCGGGCGCACUUUGAAACAAGAUUCUCAUGGAGAACUGUUAUUGAGGAGAGAUCCAUUUGCUGGGAUGUAACUAAAAAAGGAAUGAAUCAAGAUAAAACCUCUAAAUGCAAGCACCAGAAAAAUUACAACACAUCUUGGUGAAUUUGCAAGUGGAUCGUCUUUCCUUGUGGGUUGGCACGCAGUUGUAGGACUGCAAAAUGGGUCUCCGGAUUCACUUUGUUGUUGACCCACAUGGUUGGUGCUGCAUGGGUUUGAUUGUCUUUGUCUGGUUAUACAAUAUUGUUUUAAUUCCCAAAAUUGUCCUCUUUCCUCACUAUGAAGAAGGACAUAUUCCAGGCAUAUUAAUAAUAAUAUUCUAUGGCAUUGCCAUAUUUUGUCUGGUUGCUUUAGUGAGGGCCUCAUUUACUGAUCCAGGAAGACUCCCCGAGAACCCUAAGAUUCCACACGGAGAACGGGAGUUCUGGGAAUUAUGUAACAAAUGUAAUUUGAUGAGACCAAAGCGUUCCCAUCACUGUAGCCGCUGCGGCCACUGUGUUAGGAGAAUGGAUCAUCACUGUCCAUGGAUUAACAAUUGUGUGGGUGAAGAUAAUCAUUGGCUUUUUCUGCAGUUGUGUUUCUACACGGAACUUCUUACUUCCUACGCUCUGAUGUUUUCUUUCUGCCACUAUUAUUACUUUCUUCCAGUAAAAAAGCGUAACUUGGACCUCUUUGUUGUUAGACAUGAAUUGGCCAUAAUGAGACUAGCUGCCUUUAUGGGCAUUACUAUGUUAGUUGGAAUAACUGGACUUUUUUAUACUCAACUAAUUGGCAUCAUCACAGAUACAACGUCUAUUGAAAAGAUGUCAAACUGUUGUGAAGAAAUAUCGAGGCCCCGAAAGCCAUGGCAGCAGACCUUCUCAGAAGUUUUUGGCACUCGUUGGAAGAUCCUGUGGUUUAUUCCUUUCAGGCAGAGGCAACCACUGCGAGUUCCCUACCACUUUGCCAAUCACGUCUAAACAGAUGGAUGGUGGGCACAGAUGGGUCCUCCACGCUGGAAGUGCGUUACAGGUUUUCUGAUAAUAGAACUAUGACAGUCUUCAAGUCAAUUAAAAUCCACCCACCAAUCUUAGGCAUCAUAAUGUGCCCCAGGCUUUAUUUUAAUAGUGAUCUUGAUCUGUUGUGGGACUAAUACGAGAUCUAUAUUUAAGUUUUAAAGCAUGUUUACUUUCAAAUUAGCUUUCCACAGGGAUUUCUUUAAAUGCUUUUGUGAUUAGACCCCAACGGCAGUGAUUGAAAUAAAAUAAUUGUACAUAAUUUUUUUUAGUACUGACAAUGUUACAGAUUUUAAUUUAUGGGAAAUUUCAGAUGUUUAUUUAGAUUUUUCACUCUUAAGCAGUACUAACCAAAUUUGAAUUUAAUUCUUCGGGUUUACAAAAGUUGAUACAUCUUAUAUGUAAGUUUUCUUUCUUCAAAUACAUCAUAAUUUAAAUAGCAAUACUGCCUUUUAUAUGUGCUGCAGGAUUUUUUUAAUGCAGUAUAGAAUUGAACAACAA